AGCAGCAGUGCGCAUGCGCUCACCCCGCUCUCUCACACACAGACAAGAUGGCGGACGUGCUGGAUCUUCACGAGGCGGGAGCAGAAGAUUUCCCCAUGGACGAGGACGGCGACGAAAGUAUCCACAAGCUGAAGGAGAAAGCCAAGAAGAGGAAGGGACGAGGCUUUGGCUCAGAGGAAGGAGCUCGGUCCCGGGUCAAAGAGGACUACGACACGGUGGAGCAGGACGGAGACGAGCCUGGUCCUCAGAGAUCGGUGGAGGGCUGGAUCCUGUUUGUGACCGGUGUACACGAGGAGGCCACGGAGGAGGACAUCCACGACAAGUUCUCGGAGUUUGGAGAAAUCAAGAACCUGCAUUUAAACCUGGACCGCCGAACGGGCUACCUCAAGGGUUACGCUCUGGUGGAGUAUGAGACGUACAAAGAGGCUCAGGCGGCGAUGGAGGGUCUGAACGGGCAGGACAUGAUGGGACAACCAAUCAGUGUGGACUGGGGCUUCGUACGAGGACCCCCGAAACACAAGAGGAGGGUCGGAGGUCGUCGGCGGAGCAGGAGUCCCGACCGCAGGAGACGCUGACGGGGACCACACCUUUAACAUCACCAAACAAACACUUGGUGUUCCUCACGUCGACUGGUGUUUUUUAUCUACUUAACGUUUUCUAUUUGAAGUUGUGUAUGGUUCAUUUGUACAUUUUCUGUUUAGUUUCACGUUUAUGUAACAAAACCUGAAUUUUAUUGUUUGAAAACAGAAAAAAAUAAACUUUUAGAAAAAAGAA